CGCAUCAGCGCCACGCUGUUCGACGAGCAUGUUGUGCCCGAGGAUGAGGACGAUGAGCUAGGCGUUGGUUCGCUUGUGGGGACCGCAGCGGACGCACCUGAAGAGUGGGGCGAAGAGGAUCGUCUGCGUGCAUCUGAAGCCAAAGAUUCGACGCGUGCCCGGCCCGACUCCGCGGUCAUGCCGCGGUACCACAUGGACGAGCACGGAAACGUGCUGUACGAAUACGAGGCGGAUUAUAUCGAGAGGAAGUACGAGGUGUUCGAGCUGCGCGUAAUCCACCGGCGCCAUCGCACCGGCUUCGAGGAGACGAAAGACUUCCCCAUCCGCCUUAAUGACCUUAUAGCGGGCAGAUACCAAGUGAUGGAUUUUCUGGGCUCGGCGGCUUUUAGCCGGGCGGUGCAGGCGCUGGACACGAAGACCGGCCAGCUUGUAUGCCUGAAAAUUAUUAAGAACAACAAGGAUUACUUCGACCAGUCAUUGGAUGAGAUUAAACUGCUGAAGUACGUGAACUCCAUGGACCCCAACGACGAGUACGCUAUUGUGCGCCUGUAUGAUUUUUUUUACUACAAGGAGCACUUGUUCCUCGUGUGCGAGUUGCUGCGUGCUAACUUGUACGAGUUCCAGAAGUACAAUAAGGAGUCCGGAGAUGAACUGUAUUUCACGAACGCACGCAUUCAGCGAAUUGCGCGCCAGGCGCUCCGUUCGCUCGCGUUCUUGCACUCGCUGGGCCUUAUUCACUCGGAUCUGAAGCCCGAGAACAUCCUUAUUAAAAGCUACAGCAGGUGCGAGGUCAAGGUAAUUGACCUCGGUUCUUCGUGCUUUAUCACAGACCAGCUGAGCAGCUAUGUGCAGAGCCGGUCGUACCGUGCUCCCGAGGUGAUUCUGGGGCUUCCGUACGAUUACAAGGUGGACGUGUGGUCACUGGGCUGCAUAUUGGCAGAAUUGUCCAGUGGCUACGUUUUGUUCCAGAAUGACUCGCUAGCUACAUUGCUUGCACGGUUGGAAGGCAUUCUUGGUCCCAUUCCUGAGUGGAUGCUCCACAAGGGUCGCUAUGCACAUCGCUUCUACACGCGAAGCGGCAUGCUGUAUGAACGUUCACCGGCGACACAUCGCUAUGAGCUACUGCUUCCGAAGCGCACUUCGCUGCGGCACAGGAUGCCCGACGCGGACGAGGGGCUGCUGGAGUUUGUUUCAUACCUCCUGACCGUGGACCCGCGGAAGCGCCCAACAGCCGCCGAUGCGCUGAAGCACCCCUGGUUGCAGCAAGAGUACCCAACCCUGGAUGGUUGAUCGAGCACUAGCCCUGCCCCGCCCGAUCAAUAUCGGGAAGGAUUGUCCCUGAAGUUUCCAGCUAAAACGAAACACCUGCCUUCUGUGAUGCCUAGCAUGGUUCCGUGAUCGUGGUUAAGAACUGGUCUUGACUGGGUUGCCAGCCUCUAUAGCAACUGCUGGCAGUGGUGUGCACGUCUGGGGGCAAUGUCGGAAGGCUGGCCAUGGGUGAUGCAGGUGUACCGUUGUGGAUUAUCAUGCAGUGCGGGAGGUAAUGGGAGGUUUUCAAAGUUGUCAUGAAGCUUUGGCCCGCACAUGGCCACCACUAUGCACAUGUGGCCUCACAGCACCUCGCAUUGUGCGUGCCUCCCGAAUUAGCGCCGCUGGUGGGAUUGCGCACGUGUUGUUUGGAUGCAUGCAGCCCACAUUGUCUGGAUGGACCGCCGUGAGCGGAGUUUAGGUAGGCGGGUAUGGGGUCUGUAGCUAAGCAAAUUCAUAGCUCGGCACUGUUCGCAUGGACCGUGUGGUGUCUGACUUCCGUGCCUUUCUCGCUUCAAAUGAUGUGGAAUGCAACGAACGUACAAAAAGCCUGCUUUGUUUAGGGGCGACGUGCGCGUGACAUUGGGAGUUCAAGUGCCUGGCAAGGCGAUCCGGUGCAUUGUAUGGGCUCGUGUCCCAUGUAUGUGUCCAUUCUGCAAAUCAUUGUUCGCUUAUCCGUCCAUCCCAGACCUGUCAAUAGUUGCUCGCCAGGGUGGGGAAGCACGCAAGGUACAUGUUGGCACUGCUAUUCGGCAAUAUGCAGGUGUAUGCAUUUGGUGUGAAGUAGCAGUGGGUGGAAUGUACGCACACCUGGAGUACUGGCAACGUGCAUUAUUUGGCUGUGCAGCUGGCGACACAGCAGCGUGCGCAUGCAUCUUGGCGACGUGUUUGCUCUUUGGAGUGGGGCCCGUGUACCGUUUGAAUGUAGCGAGUUACUCAU